UCUCUCUUUGUCCCACUAUUUAUGUAUAAUCGUAUACAUUUGUUGAGGUUACGUGUCGGUGGCAAUCGUAUAAUAUAAAUUAUUAAAUAUCGAAUGAGAUAAAUAAGCAAUGAGACCAACCAUUUUUCUAUUUUCAACAUUUUUUCUUUAUAUUCUAAUUACAUAUUCUAAUGCCGAAGAUAUUUUAGGUUGUGGUGGAUUUUUGAAAAGUCAUGCCGAUAUAGAUUUUUCCAAAGUACAAAUAAAGUUAUAUACGAAAGCUGGUAGUCUUAAAGAUUUUACAGAAUGUGCCCCUAAUAGUGGAUAUUACUUUCUUCCUUUAUAUGAUAAAGGAGAAUACAUUCUAAAGGUAGAUCCACCCAGAGGAUGGAGUUUUGAACCUACGGAAGUUUUAUUGAAUGUAGAUGGAAUAACAGAUGCCUGUAGUCAGGGUAUAGAUAUUAAUUUUACCUUCAAAGGUUUUGGUAUCACAGGCAAGGUUAUUAGUUUAGGAUCAGAUUCUGGUCCUAAAAAUGUUACAGUUUCAUUGUAUAAAGAAAAUAAUGAACAAGUUCCUGUUGAUACAACAAUUACUAUGGAAAGUGGUAUAUUUUACUUUACUCCAAUUCAACCUGGACAAUAUGUACUUAUUGCAUCUCAUACUAUAUGGAUGUUCAAAACAAAUACAGUUAGAGUAACAGUACGUGAAGGCAACACAGAACUUCCGGAUGAUAGUUUAAUAAUUUUCGGUUAUGACGUGAGUGGUCGAGUUACCAGUGAAGAAGAAGCAGUUAGUGGUGUAACAUUUGUAUUAUUUGGAAACGGUGUAGCUAAGAAUUGCGCAACAACACCUAUAAGCAAAGAUCUUGAAUCUAGAAAACCUCUUUGUCAUGUUGUAUCUGACAAAAGCGGUAAAUUUGUAUUUCCUAGUUUGUCACCUGGCGAAUAUAAUCUUGUUCCAUAUUAUGCCGGGGCUCAAACUAAAUUUGAUGUUCAGCCACCUGAAUUGUCAUUCAAAGUAAGUCAUGGCAGCGUCGUAUUACGCCAAGGAUUUAAAGUAACUGGUUUUACGGUAAACGGUAUUGUCCGUACUGCCAGCAAUGGCGAUCCUUUGCCAGGAGCAAAAAUUUUACUUUCUCAAAAGCAAGUUGCCAUAACGGAUAAUCAUGGAAAAUAUGUGUUAGAUAACAUGAAAGCUGGUCAAUAUAUUCUUAAAGCUGAAAGUGAAGAUUUAUUAUUCAAUGAUAAAUCAGUUAAGAUUUCUCCCAGUUCCCCGGAACUUCCAGUUUUAAUACCAACAGCAUAUAAAAUUUGCGGCAAAGUUACUUUAUCAACAAGAGGAGAUUUAAACUAUCGAAAAGUAUCUAUACAUAAUACGGCCACCACAUUUACAAAAGAAAUUGAAAUAGAUUCAAAAACAGGCGAAUUUUGUAUAUAUCUUAGUCCUGAUACAUAUCAAUUAAGCGUUAUUGUAAGCGAAGAUGAAAGAGCAAAAGGUUUACAAUUUUUUCCACUACAACAAACAAUCGAAGUAUCAUCUCGACCGGUGUAUAAUAUUAACUUUUUACAGUUAAAAGCUACAUUAAUAGGAACAGUAAAAUGUUUACCGGAAACCGAUUGCAGUCAAGCUUCUGUGACGUUAAAGGUACUUGACGGUAUUACAAUAAAAACGAUUCAAACGAAGGCUGGCCAAUAUCAAUUUACGGAUGUGUUACCCGGUCAUUACGAAGUACUAAUAGACAACGAUGUUUUUUGUUGGACGAAUCCUAGUUACAGAAUUUCUGUGACUUCAGAACGAUCCGAAUUGCCACCAUUUGAACAAACUGGAUUUUCUAUUACUUUUAUUUCUUCUCACGAUACUAUAGUUGAAUAUUCGAAAUCAAACGAAUUGAAAAAAUUAACAUUAGUAUUGAAUAAAGGAAGUACAAAGCAUUGUGUCUCCGAACCUGGAAUGUAUACGUUUAUACCAAAAAGUUGUCAUGUUUAUGAAAAAUUAUCUUAUACAUGGGAUACUAGUACUAUUUCUCCUAUUUUGUUACAUUCGACAGAACACAGUCAUAUAGGAAGCAUUAUGAGUCAUUCUGCAUUAAAUGAAGUUAAAGUAAAAAUUGAAAAUGCAGAUGAUGUUAUAAUACUUGGUCCAUUGAAUUGGACGCGCCAUGAAAAUCUGUACAAAUAUAAAUUCGAAUUUAAAGCAAAGACAGAUAACAUUUAUACUAUAACACCAUUAUCAAGUGUUCUUCUAUUUAGUCCAGCAUCAUUGAAAGUAUUGGGUGUGAACGAUUGUCAAGAUGACGUUGCAAUUUUUGUUGGUGAUUUAGGAAAAAUAAUUGCUGGUAAAAUCAAUCCACCUUUGGAAGGAGUUACCGUACAAAUAUUUGAUAGCGAUAAAACUAUACCAAUACACACGCUUAUCACUCAAAAAGAUGGAACAUACAAUAUUGGUCCUUUGGAUGGAAAAAUAGAAUACAACGUUACUGCACAAAAAGAAGGAUUUGUAAUCACGGGACCCGAUUCGAACGGUGUAUUUACAGCUCACAAAUUGGCUGAAAUUAUUGUACAGGUGUCAGACCAAGCUGACAAUAUUUCCCUCCAGGGUGUACUAUUAUCAUUAUCUGGUGGACAAAGUUAUCGAAAAAACAGCAUUACUGGCGAGGAUGGAAAAUUAAUCUUCAAUUCUUUAUCCCCUGGCGAAUACUAUUUAAGACCAAUGAUGAAGGAAUAUCGUUUUGAUCCUCCAUCGAAAAUGAUCAAAGUUGUUGAAGGUGCUACGAUAAAAGUGAAUUUAUUCGGAAAAAGAGUCGCAUUUAGUGCAUACGGUUCCGUGACAUCUCUAAACGGUGAACCUGAAACCGGCCUGCUGGUUGAAGUUCAGGGACAAGAAAAUUGCGAACAUCUUCAAGAAGAAGCAACCACGGAAGAAAACGGUAGCUUCCGAAUCCGUGGGCUUCAACCAACGUGUACCUAUGUAUUCCGUCUGAAACCGAACGCUGAAGUUAAUGCGCAUAUUCAACGAACAAGUCCUAACUCGACAUUAGUGCAAACAUCAUCCGACAUUCGAAAUCUUCGAUUGGUUGCGUUUCAUCCGAUAUCGCGUACCGAUGUCUCAGUACAUAUUAUGUCCGCACAACCGGAACACUAUCGUACAUUGAAGGUAAAAUUAUGCAGAGAAGAUGCACCGGACUCUCCAAUAUACACAUCAAAAUUAGAAUCUCAGCAUGUGAAUAAAGUUGGGAGCGCUUAUAAUGCCGGUUUUCUCGUGCAUUUGCCUCCCCUACAGGCGGAUGGUAAAAAGUACUUCGUACAAUUAGAAUCGUCUCUGUCUCAUACGUUACACAAAUACAGAACUAUACCAUUUUAUUUCGAGGCAAACUCGUCGUUUAAAUACGUAAAAUUGACGUUUAACGCAGAACGAAAAGUCGAUCAAAGCGAUAUGAAUCAGACAUCAAUAGUUGCGUUACCUUUUAUCAUGUUUAUCACGUUUGCAUUCUUCAAUCGUGAAAAACUUUGGUUAUGGUUGAACACUAUGAUUGAAAGGUGGUCGAAACCUGCGCCGAUCUCGAGAACACCGGUACAAGCUGUUCCUAUCGAUCCACGAGCAGACGAUAUUAUAGUCGAACAAAUAAUGAACAUCAAUAAAAGGAAAACGAAACCGCGUAAAACGUAGCGUUAAGAAUUGUUAGCGAUAUAGUCACAGUGAUUAGAAACUUAAUUGAUCUCGUUGUGUUUCACUGUAUACUGUGUAUACUAUAUGAACGAAGAAAUUUAGCGAAUACUAUUUUAUCCGAAUAUAUUUUGCCGUGCGUGAACGGUUUUCAAGACAAAACGUUGGUCGAUAUGUUUCUAACGUAUAUUUCACAUUUUCAUAAAUAAUUAUAUUUUUAUGAAAUAUGGAUCCAACAUAAAUUUAUCUUAUAAUAACGAUAGUAAUGAUCCACAAUCUGUAUUUCUGGUGAUCACGGAGCAAUAAAUGCCUAGAAAACA